UGCGAAGUGCGCCUGCGUAGCAGCGCUUCCAUUCUUACCAAGCCCAAGCUGCAGUUUUAUCAGCAACACAGGGGCGGAGAAAAGCAUCAGCCAUGCAUUGCAGUUGCAGCAGGAGCAACAGAGGCAGCGGCGGCGGGAGCAGCGCGGAUUAAAUACGUCUGUUGCUCCCAUUCGUCUGAAUGUCUCUUCCAGGUCGUGCAGGGCUCCAGAUACCUUUGCACCCACCUCCAGUGUUAGCACCGCUGCCACCACCAUCACCGCCAGGAUGGACUGCUGAUUUGGAAACCAUCACAAACCUGGUCCUACAGCCUGGCUGGUCUGCUUUCUGCUUUAUUUAUCUAUUACUAGUUAUUUGAAUUGAACUUUUAAUAACCUGCCAGCUGCUCUUUAGACACACAUGGUGCAUUGUUGUCAUUCCCAGAAUCACAUCUUUGAAAUCCAGGACCUUGGUAACCUUCUUCAAACAAAGAGGCGACCUCAAGGAUAAUAUCUGCAGGAGGACUUUUCAAACCUACCGCUCUCUAGUUUCUCUUCUGCCUCUGCCCUCUUUCUAGAACAUUAUGGAACCCACAAUGGAGUCCUGCUUGAUGCAGGUCCUGCAGAAAGAUGUUGGGAAACGACUUCAGGUUGGCCAAGAACUGAUAGAUUAUUUCUCAGAUAGACAAAAAUCUGCUGACCUUGAACAUGAUCAGACCAUGCUGGAUAAAAUGGUUGAUGGUCUUGCUACCUCGUGGGUAAAUUCCAGCAAUUAUAAGGUUGUCCUGCUAGGCUUGGACAUCUUAUCUGCACUGGUGUCACGGCUUCAAGAUAGAUUUAAAGCUCAAAUUGGCACAGUGUUACCUAGUCUAAUUGACAGACUGGGAGAUUCAAAAGACUCCGUACGAGAGCAGGAUCAGGCCCUGUUGUUAAAAAUCAUGGAACAAGCUGCUAGUCCCCAGUACGUGUGGGACAGAAUUUUGGGAGGAUUCAAACACAAGAAUUUCCGGACAAGAGAAGGAAUUUGCCUCUGCCUUAUUGCAACUCUUAAUGCAUCUGGAGCUCAGAGUUUAACCUUGAGCAAGAUUGUGCCCCAUAUAUGUAACUUGCUUGGUGACCCAAACAGCCAGGUUCGUGAUGCAGCAAUAAAUAGUCUUGUAGAAAUCUACAGACAUGUAGGUGAACGUGUAAGAGCUGAUCUCAGCAAAAAGGGAUUGCCACAGUCUCGGCUGAACAUCAUUUUUACAAAAUUUGAUGAAGUCCAGAAAUCAGGCACCAUGAUCCAAGGAGCUGGUGAUAAACAUUUUGAUGAUGAUGACUCUGUGGAUGGGAACCGACCAUCCUCAGCCAGUUCCUCAACCUCUUCAAAGGCUCCCUCGUUAUCUCGAAAAAGUGGGGUGGGCACUGCUCGUAGGGUAGGAGCAGUAGCUUUAGUCGCAAAAACUCCAGCAACUAAAGAAGGAGCUGGAGCCAUUGAUGAGGAGGAUUUCAUUAAAGCUUUUGAAGAUGUCCCAGCUGUUCAGAUUUAUUCUAGCCGAGACUUUGAAGAAUCCAUAAAUAAAAUCAGAGAAAUCCUGUCUGAUGAUAAACAUGAUUGGGAACAGAGAGUAGCUGCACUGAAAAAAAUCCGGUCUUUAUUAUUGGCUGGAGCUGCUGAGUAUGAUACCUUCUUCCAACAUCUGCGCUUGCUUGAUGGAGCCUUUAAAUUAUCUGCUAAAGACUUGAGGUCCCAGGUGGUGCGAGAAGCUUGUAUCACAUUAGGACAUUUGUCAUCGGUAUUGGGUAACAAGUUUGACCAUGGGGCAGAAGCCAUCAUGCCAACAAUCUUUAAUCUCAUUCCCAACAGUGCCAAAAUCAUGGCAACUUCUGGUGUAGUAACUGUGAGGUUAAUUAUUCGACAUACACAUAUCCCUAGACUAAUCCCCAUCAUCACCAGUAACUGUAUCUCCAAAUCAGUUGCAGUUAGAAGGCGGUGUUUUGAAUUUUUAGAUUUACUUUUGCAGGAAUGGCAGACACACUCCCUGGAAAGGCAUGCAUCAGUAUUGGCUGAAACCAUCAAGAAAGGAAUCCAUGAUGCUGACUCCGAAGUACGGAUAAAAGCCAGAAAGUGUUACUGGAGCUUCCACAGCCAUUUUAGCCGAGAAGCGGAACAUUUGUUUAAUUCACUGGAAUCCUCGUACCAGAAAGCCCUGCAGUCUCACUUGAAGAAUUCUGAUAGCAUUGUGUCUUUGCCUCAGUCAGAUCGCUCCUCAUCUAGUUCCCAGGAGAGUCUCAACCGUCCAUUGUCUACCAAAAGAAGCCCAACCGGAAGCACUACUUCACGAGCUUCUGCAGUUAAAUCUGUGAAAUCUGCGUCAACCUCAGGGUCUCUCCAGCGUUCUCGCAGUGACAUUGAUGUGAAUGCAGCAGCCAGUGCCAAAUCCAAAGUAAUAUCUUCUGGCUCAGAUUCCCCCUUCAGUUCUGCUGCAGCCCUUCCUCCAGGCUCAUAUGCAUCUCUUGAUGGUACUACCAGUAAAGCUGAGGGUCGAAUUCGCACAAGGAGACAAAGCUCUGGAAGCACCAGUAGUAUCACCUCAACACCUGCUGACACUCGAGGUCGCAGUCGAGCUAAAGUAGUUUCGCAGUCCCAGCGAUCCAGAUCAGCUAACCCUGCAGGUGCUGGUAGUCGAUCUAGCUCUCCUGGCAAACUGUUGGGAAGUACAUAUGGUGGGCUUAGCAGUGGAACAACCAGAGGACACCCAGUGCCAACAUCAUCCUCAUCUACUGACAAACGUAGUAAAGUCCCCCGAAGCCAGGGCUGCAGCCGAGAGACCAGCCCUAGCAGGAUAGCUCUAGCACGGAGCAGCCGUAUCCCCCGACCCAGCGUGAGUCAGGGGUGCAGCCGCGAUACCAGCCGUGAGAGCAGCCGAGAUACAAGCCCUGCUCGGGGCUUUCCUCCACUUGCCUCUCGACGUCAUUCCAGAUCCACUAGUGCUCUCUCCACUGCUGAUUCUGUUGGGCAGUCAGACCGGUUUGGGCUUGGCCAGCCAGGCAGGUUGCCUGCCUCUAUGAAUGCAAUGCGAGUUCUGAGUACAAGCACAGAUCUGGAGACUGCUGUGGCAGAUGCAUUGCUCUUAGGAGACUCCAGAAGCAAGAAAAAACCGGUGAGAAGAAGGUAUGAACCAUAUGGGAUGUAUUCUGAUGAUGAUGCAAACAGUGAUGCCUCCAGUGCUUGCUCAGAGCGGUCCUAUGGUUCCCGCAAUGGAGGUAUCCCACACUACCUGCGACAAACAGAAGAUGUAGCUGAGGUCUUAAACCACUGUGCUAGUUCCAACUGGUCUGAAAGGAAGGAGGGGUUAAUUGGCUUGCAAAACCUAUUGAAGAGCCAGAGGACAUUAAGCCGUGUGGAGUUGAAAAGGUUAUGUGAAAUCUUCACACGUAUGUUUGCAGACCCCCAUAGCAAGAGAGUUUUCAGCAUGUUUCUUGAAACCUUGGUAGACUUCAUCAUUAUUCACAAGGAUGAUUUGCAGGACUGGCUCUUUGUUCUUCUGACACAGUUACUCAAGAAGAUGGGUGCUGACCUGCUGGGAUCAGUGCAGGCCAAAGUGCAGAAAGCUCUGGAUGUAACAAGAGAUUCUUUUCCAUUUGACCAACAAUUUAAUAUUUUGAUGAGGUUUAUCGUAGAUCAGACCCAAACACCAAACCUUAAGGUAAAAGUGGCAAUAUUAAAAUACAUUGAAUCCUUGGCUAGACAAAUGGAUCCUACAGAUUUUGUAAAUUCCAGUGAGGCUAAACUUGCAGUUUCUAGGAUUAUUACCUGGACAACAGAACCAAAGAGCUCAGAUGUAAGAAAGACCAUGCAUAGUUGGGUAGGUGAGGAUAUGCCAGCUAGACCAGCAGCAGCCUCGUCAGGUCCUGGUGAAGGAAACUUGGAAGAAAAAUGUAAACAGGCAGCACAAAUAGUCCUGAUAUCUCUAUUCGAACUGAACACUCCCGAGUUUACCAUGUUACUUGGUGCCUUGCCAAAAACAUUCCAGGAUGGUGCUACUAGACUAUUACAUAAUCACCUUAAGAACUCCAGCAACACUAGUGUGGGUUCUCCUAGUAAUACUGUUGGCCGAACCCCUUCACGUCAUCUUAGCAGCAGAACCAGCCCCUUAACUUCACCUACCAACUGUUCUCAUGGAGGAAUAUCACCCAGCAUGCUGGAUUAUGACACGGAAAACCUAAAUUCUGAUGAAAUUUAUAGCUCUCUUCGUGGAGUUACAGAAGCAAUUGAAAAGUUUAGUUUUCGUAGCCAAGAAGAUCUAAAUGAGCCAAUCAAACGUGAUGGAAAGAAGGACAGUGAUAUUGUUUCCAGAGAUGAUGGUAUUGCCUCACCAGCCACUGAUAUGCGUGGAAGCAGUGAUGUGGUGGAAGGAGGAAGGAUGGCUCUAGAUAACAAGACUUCUCUGCUCAACACCCAGCCCCCACGUGCCUUUUCUGGACCCCGAGCUCGAGAGUACAACCCUUACCCCUAUUCUGAUACCAUUAGCACCUAUGAUAAAACUGCUCUUAAGGAAGCCGUAUUUGAUGAUGAUAUGGAUCAGAUUCGCGAUGUGCCCAUUGAUCAUUCUGACUUGGUGGCUGAUCUUUUAAAAGAAUUAUCCAAUCAUAAUGAGCGUGUAGAAGAACGGAAAGGAGCCCUUCUUGAAUUAUUGAAGAUUACAAGAGAAGAUAAUCUGGGAGUUUGGGAGGAACAUUUUAAGACAAUUUUGCUUUUAUUACUUGAAACACUUGGAGAUAAAGAUCAUUCAAUACGAGCCUUGGCACUGAGAGUUUUGCGAGAAAUUCUGAGGAACCAACCAGCAAGAUUUAAGAAUUAUGCUGAACUAACUAUCAUGAAGACCCUAGAAGCGCAUAAAGAUUCUCAUAAAGAGGUUGUGAGAGCUGCCGAGGAAGCAGCUUCCACACUGGCUGGUUCCAUCCACCCAGAACAGUGCAUCAAAGUCCUUUGUCCCAUCGUUCAAACAGCUGACUAUCCAAUUAAUCUGGCUGCUAUUAAAAUGCAAACUAAAGUCAUUGAGAGAAUCUCAAAGGAGUCAUUACACCAGCUCCUACAAGACAUCAUCCCUGGAUUGUUGCAGGGCUAUGACAACACCGAAAGCAGUGUUCGCAAAGCCAGUGUAUUUUGCCUCGUGGCCAUCUAUUCAGUGAUUGGUGAAGAACUGAAGCCUCAUCUUGCACAACUGACUGGGAGCAAGAUGAAGCUCUUGAAUUUGUACAUAAAGAGAGCCCAGACUACCAACAGCAACAGCAGCUCAUCCUCAGACGUUUCUACACACAGUUAAUGGAGAUCUUUGGACAUACGUGUAGACAUAGAAACAAUCAGCUGUGCCUCUCAGAAACCCUCCCCUCAUCAGCACGCUCCAUCUGCUGAUGGAGGCCAUGCAAAUAUUUAUUGCAAUCAGUAUUUUUAGUCCUUUUAAAGCUUUUUAUUGUAGGAGAUUCUUGGAAUUGAAUAUAAGGGAAGCAAGGCCUGGAUUGCAGUUUUCAUUAAAAACAAGGCAAUAGUGUACUGUGGUUAAAUACAUUGCAGUUACAUGCUGUCUCUGCUAAGAUCUGAAGUAGUCCCAGAGAUGCAUAACACGUUCGUAUUUUAUCAAACAGAUUUCUUUGAUAUUGAUGAAGAGCUUGAAUUUAUAUUAGACUAUAUUUGUAUUAUAGUCACACUUUUAACUAGCUGUUCUAGUUUCCCCAAUUUCUCAAGCAUCAUUUUAAAACUGAGCUUACAAGUUGGAAUGGUUUGCAUUUAUUUUCAGGCAUAAUUAUACAGGCUAUAAAAUCAAGCCCUUCAAUUAGUUUUUUUAACUAGAAAAAAACCAAUAACAAUCACCUGUGUGGCAAAGGUCAUGAAAAUUCAAGAAAUCCCAAGCAAAUAUGCAACAGUACAAUCUAUACAGGGCAAUAUGGUUAGCUUUGUAGAACUGAUUCAAGAGCUGCCUCUGCAUGGACAACUCGAUUUGCAAUUUCUUCUCAGUGUAUUUCAACAUCUUUUUUCAAAAUAUUUGAAAUUGCAAAUUACUCUUAAUAUUGGUUCUAACCUACCUGACAAUAGCUUUACUGUUUGUUUCUUUGUUUUAACAGAGCUCUGUUUUGUUACAGUAUUUAUGGUAUUCCUUCUGUGACACAGAUAUCUGUUAGUGUGCAAUGAGACUAAAUGCACUGUAAUGCCUGUAUACUGGUAAAGACCUAAUAUUGCUGUCAGAGAAAAAUGUCUCCUAGGAGAUAUGUGUGAAAUUCUAUUUCUGCUGCUUCAAUGUUCCAUGAGAAAAUGUUCUUUCCAAAGCUCUGAUUGGCUUCCUGGAGCUGCAACUCGGAUAACCAGGCCUUCCUUCCUUAAUAAAGGACUUCUUUCAUUUGUCAACGAUGUUCCUUAGUGUGACACUUGUUCUCUUAACUUUCACCUCCACUGAUCAGGAGUCCUCCAGACUUAGAGUACUUCAAGAGGAUAGCCUCCUCCUGAUCCCAUUCAGCCUGAAUGAUUUAUAAUGGUUUUUAUGCGCCUAACAUAUCUUAUCAAAUUAUUUCCAUCUUAAGAUUAUCAUACAUGUACUUUUAUUACUUUUGGCAGUGCUCAAAGGGCUAGCUUAAUCUGCAACAAUUUGCUUUCUUUAAAGCUGUACAACUGGGGAAUGUAAGAUGUAUUUAAAUGCUCUGGGCAAAAGGAUUCUUUAGCUAUUACUCUGUCCAUACUGAUGGAAGUAGAUCUGCAUGCUGCUGGCACACAAAAAGCAAGAGCCAGAAUAGAGAGGGCUCCCUUUUUCCCCAGCACGGUCCAAAUGUGCUCAGCUACUUUGUCUCUUCCUGCCUUAGACAGGGCUUUAGCUUUUUUGAGAAAAACCGAUGUGUUUUUUUUCAGGGUCUUCUCCACUGACCCUUCCCUUUUCAAGCUAUUGUAUCUGAAAAUUCACACAGAACAACCUGCCUGAUGCUUAGAUGGGGAUGCCUCUGUUCUCACAGGGCACAUCAGUGUAUCCAGGGCAGGUGUAUACAAAUCCGUGCAAUCCCUUUCACCAUCUAAAUCCUGUCCAUUCCUUAAUAUAGUGCUGAAUUAUCUGAGGCAUGUGGCUUUCUUUGAAAAGGUACACUAUGUGUGCUUGCUGGACUACAAUACAACACAAGAUUUUUCUAUCACUUCUUGUUAGCUCUCAGUAACCUGUAUACCUAAUGUACCAUGCAACCUUGUCACAUAAAUCUUCUUUCUGUCACCCUUUCAACCCCUUUAUUUAUCAAGUGUAAUGGUUCGCAUUAAAGGACAACAAUGAAAUAUUUGUAGAAUGCAGAAAAAGUUUGCUAACAAUAAUAAUGUUAUAAACGGGAAGGACAGGCUGGCAAAGCUUUUCAAAACAGUCAGCCAUCAGAAAGUUUCUUGGCACAGUGUUCACGCGCAUGUAUUUAAUUUUGAUUUUGGGUUGGUUGUUUUAUUUUCUUUCAUUUUUUGCUCUUUGUCAUGUUACAUCCAUAUCUGUAUUUAUAUCUUAUUUGUUUGAGUGUAUCAUGGCAAAUGUACAGAUGUUUUUAUGUUAACAUUUACAUGAUAGAAUUUGCUAAAAAAAAUAAUAAUAAAACUUUCUGAGUUUGCCCUAGAAUAAAAGAAAAUUAAAUUUAA